AUGGGUUUCACUUUGAGCUUGUGUAGGUCAGCGUCAAGAUUAGCUUCUUCCGUGUGUGGUGGUCGGUUGGCUCGAGUCCGGUCCAUCUCAAGCGUUGUCAACCGUCAGGCUCCGGCGGCUGCUAUUGAUGAUUGGAUUAGUUCUGAGCAAGCGGUUCUCGGGGCGAUUGACUCUGAGUUCUACGGUCCUGUCAUAGUCGAUCAAAACGAUGCGGUAAUGUUUUACUUGCUCUUGGUUUUUGCGAUUUACUUGUCUUUUUUUUGA